GCCCUGUGUGCCUGGGCCACCUUUGUGGAUCAAUUAGUAUUUUCCAUUUUCGGAUUUGCGCCCAUGGCUUGAAAUUGUUGACGUGAUCCCCAUGGUGGCGCCUGGCUUAUGGUAGACCUCGGCGGUGCCAACAAGGAUAUCCUCAAGCGGCAACUGCAAAUCCUCCGCAAGGCUCCAAAUGAACGAACUCCAGAGGAUGUGAAGGCCUUUGCGGCAAGCUUGGGCAAGACCAAGUUCUUUCAGGAUCUGGGUGAAAAUGAAAGGAUGCAAGUUUGUCGGUAUUUGAAGCUCGAAGGUGCCCCUCGUGACUCCACUGUAUUCAAGCAAGGUGACCGUGGUGAUAAAUUCUAUUUGAUCCUCUACGGUUCAGUAGGCGUUUUCAUCACAGAGGUGGAGGCCAAAGAUGUGGAGUCCAAAGAGUCCAAGGCGGCGCCCUCGGCGGCCUCCGGCGAAGCGCCGCAGGUCGCCGCACAGGCGCACGGCCCAACGAGUCCAGCGAGUCCGGCGAAGCCGGUGCGUGGUGGCUGGGCGAAGCUGCAGAAGUUGGUGCACAAUGCGGUGCCUCCAGCAGUGGAACUCGAACUUGUCGAAGAGGCGAAAGAGGUGACAGGACAUCAACUCGAGGUCAAGAGCAUAAGGUUAAUAUAGAUUAAUGAUGAUUAAUGGAAGCCACAUGCGGGAUCUGUGUGGAAUCAAGAUCUUUGAACUUGUAGAUGUGUCCAACUGACCUUUCACGCAGAGCUGCAGGAGAUGCAGUGCACAAAAACGGGAGUGCCACUGAGAACGUCACUGACGACCACGCGCAUCACAAGAACGCCAGUGUGGACCAUCUCCCCGCUCAGGCUGCAGAUAGAAAGCUGGAGCCACAAGAGGAUGUGGAGGUUGAGGAGCUACAGCCAGAGGAGCCACAGGAGGACAGAAAAGAAGCAAAGCGAGUAACAAUCGCUGCAACUGGCACCCAAGAAGGUCCAACACCUUCCACUGAAGGUCAUGGUGGCGAAGCAGUUCCUGACAGAGGAGAUGGAAAAGAAUACCGCAAAUUACAGAUGAAUAGAAGUGAAAGCAGGCUUUCGGUCAAGUCAACUGGCAGUGAGCACAGUGAGGGCGAAGCCACUUUGGUUCGCGAGAACAGCCUGGUGUCGCAAAUUCAAAGUAUUGGGGCCAUGGCCAAGCAGGAGAUGAAGGAGCGGGAGGAUGAAGCUAAGGCAGCAAAGGCAAAGGCUUUUGCAGCAAAAGGCGUAAGGAGCAGCUUGAUGCGCAGCAUUUUUGCGCGGCCCCUCUUCCACCUUCGAGGUCCGAACUUGAUUGAAGUGGCUGUGCUCUCGGUGGGUGAUUGUUUCGGUGAAGUGGCGCUGCAAACAGACCAGCCACGCGCCGCCACUGUGAAGACCCGCUCCGAUGCCAUUUUUGCAACUUUGGUCCGAGAGGACUACAAAGCGAUUCUCCACUCACAACUCCAGGCUAUGCAAGAAGAGCGUCAAGGCUUCUUGCGGAGCAUUGCGUUACUGAAGAACUUGCCCAAUAUUCCGAACCUGGCGGCGCUAAUGCAGCGCCGCGUCUUGUGUCGGCAUGGACUCCUCAUCAACAUCGGAGUUCCUGUGAUGCACAUGUACAUGGUCUUUGAGGGAAACUUUUCACUACGUGGACGGAUCAAGAGAAUCAAGACUGAAGAGAAGGAGAAGAAGGGCGAACCCAAAGCUGGCACAUCUGGCACAUCGGACGUGGAACGGCGACGCCGGCCCUCGGACCUGGAAAGAGAGAAGGAGCCAAAGGACAAAGACAAGUUUGACGCCAAGAUCGAGAAACAGACCGUGUCCCGCAUUGUACUCUCUGUGAUGCCUCCAGGGAGCACAUAUGGCCUCAGCCAUUUCUUGAAGGGCGAGCGGGAGCAUCUUCGCCAGGUCAUUUGUGAAUCCUCCAGCGGCCUCGUCUACACACUUUUUGCCAAAGAUGUUGCAGCCCACCUGAGUCAACAAGAGCGUUUGCAAGUCGUUGCAACCGCCUCGGCAGAAGAAGCCUUCUUCAGACAGAGAUGUGUUGCUGUGGGGCAACUGGCAAGUACUCGCCAGACAGAGAAAGUCAAAAGUGUGUGGCCACCAGAGAAGACCUUGUUAGACAAAGUGCGAGAGUAUAGAGAUGUCUUCAAUGCCACAAGUAUCUACUCGCCCGAGGGGUGUUUGCGAGCAAUCGGCACGGCCUUCCUGGAAGACACCAAGUGUCAAGAAGCGCAGCUUCGGUUUGAAAAGGUUCAAACGGCGAAGCAAUGUGUCAACCAGACAAGUCCGCGUGACGAGAAGACACGGGCGUCUGAGACGCCCGCAGACAUGUCGAUGCUCCGUCCUUGGCACAUGCAAGAGCUUGCAGAGAACGUCUACCAUGCCUGUCAUGACGUCUCGAAUCCUGGUGCCUUAGCUGCUGACUUGCAAACGGCGGUGGAGAAGGACAUCCGCAUGGCUCGCAGGGCACAAAAUCAGUUCUUGGUGCCGCUGGUGCGACGGCCUUUCAAUCCCUUGGAGGAUGAACCACUGGUGGAAGCGAGCGAAGCCAGGGCACAGCCUUCGGAGCCAGUUCCAACACGUGUCUCCUUGCAAAAUCCGAAGAGACGUCUCAGCAUUCCAAGCGCUUGGAAGAGUGAGCCUAGUGACACGUUUGAAAUGGACACCCCAACGUCCAGUCACGUGGAUACCCUUCCAGAGCUUUGGAGAUUGGAGAGUCACGAGUGUUCCAAGUCAAAGAUGGCGGAGGAAGACUGCACCACACUGCCUUGUGAUUUCUUCUCGGCAAGGCUGAUGGAGCUUUGCAGCCCUCGCAGCUGUGAUCGCAGCCCACGCGAAGUGCCAUCAGCUUGUAGCACCCGACUGCCAUGCUCCCGAGGGUCCCGGACUUCGAGGAUGAGUGGAGAGAAGUCGCCUUGGCCUUCCAUUGGACUCCAACUGGACAGCGUGUUCAUCAGCAAGAGCUCCAGGCAGCUUGACUAACAUGUUUGUGUUAGAGUGCCUGACGUCAUGUUUCACCUGAUUAUUUGCCGACAUUGCGGCGAAUAGAAAAAAGGGUAUCGGGUUGGCCGCGGCCCUGAGCCUUGGAAGUGGGUCAAUGGGAAAUGCAUGGGG